AUGGCAGGGUUCUGUGGAGUUUCCUUGUUUCUAGUCCUGGUCGCAGCAGCCGGCCAGCAAGUGUUCGCCCAGCUACCGAACUGCACCAGAACCUCUUCAACAGAUUCAAGUGGUGAAAGCACAACGCGGGUGACCUGCUCCGGGCCCUUGUUCAAUUUCACUUCUGUCGACUAUGACAUAGUUUUGGACAAGAUUUAUGCCGGCGGAACCAAUGUCCUGUAUCGCAUUAACGCCGUAACAAUGCAGAUUGAACAGGAGGUAUAUGUGGGCAAUGAUUAUCACCGAGACCAAUGCUUGAGUGAUUGCCACCUGUGCGUUACCGGAGAUCAACGCUUCGUCACAACCAGCUGCCGUUCCGUGGUGUCUUCGGAUGGCUGCCCUGCUAGUCUUCGGGCGAUCUGCGAGAACACGAUGGUCAAAGUGCAGGUGUUCCGGCACGCCAGCAGUAGCAGCCACCUUGUCACCUGCGGCACCGCUCCGCUCAACAACCAGAGCUCAUCAAACUGUCAGAUACGAAGCCUUACCAACAUAUCUAUAAUCAGCGACAACUUCAGGGUUCCGACUGCCCCGUUACCGUGGAAACCCUUACAUAUUUCGAUGGGAACCGAUACAGUAAAAGGCAUUGACUUGAGUGGCCACCUCGCCGCUCCGUACUACAUUGCCGGCCAUGCAUCCGGCACCUACUCGCUUUUUGCUUUUCUCCCUGAUAACAGAACUUUCAAUCUGGACACACUGGACGCACUUCAACGAGGGGGCAGCCAUCAUCUUAGCCCGCCUCUCCCCGAUUUCAAUGUACAGUUUUUCUUGUCUUACGUUCGUCCACCCCAUCCCAAUCAGGCCCUGGCGGUAAUGCCAUCGUCGUUCGAGCUCCAGUAUGUCUACAAGGGCCACGUCUAUAUUUGGGCGUCCGGUGGAGGGAUCUCGGACACAGGGAGCAAUGCUAUAGCGUAUGGAGGCUUUGUUUAUCGCUACUGUGUGGACGACAGUGCGCCAACACUGGCCGCAGGACAGUACAUCAGAACUCUGCAGCGUGUGAGGCUGGUCUGCACCUCCACCAGCCGGACACGCAGGAGCACUGCCAAAGGUGGCAAAGAUUCCGCUACCAAGUGGGAGAUGCAGGACCUCACUUCAGCAAUAGAAAUCCAAUAUACUUCAAGGUUACAGGUUAUUGCCUCUUUUGUUACACUGCGUGAUGCUCCGCUGGGUGCGUCCGUAUGUGUGUACGACAAGGAGAGGGUAAAGGCUACGUUCGACGACACUCCAGGUCGUAACUAUGCCGUUUCCGACCCCGCGGACCCAUCCUACAGUGCACCGUUUCCCAAGUGUGCCCAGAUGUCGUCGAUCACCGACGGGUUUGCACGCAAUUUUUCAAAUGUUGGUACAGUACUACAACCGAACCAUCUGUGGUCUGGCUUAAGGUCGCCUCCGCUUCCGCAUGAUGGAAGGCGUGCCUUGUGGUUCGCCGCAAAUAUAUGGAUCACCAAGAUGACAUUGAGAUCAGUUUCCUCACCAGUCUUGUAUGCUGCCACACCUGCAAAGUAG